UAUUUUUUGUUUUCUUUUGUUACUAUUUAGUAAUUUUGUCAUAAAUUUGCAAAUAUUUGUAAGACACAAUAAUUUGAAAUAUUUAUCAAUGUAUCGUUUAAUAUCAUUAUAAAUUCCGAUGGUAACUAAUAACAAAAGUAUGUCUCAACGCGAGUUAAAAAUAUCGGAUUCUUACAAUUUUUCGUCAAUUUUUCGUUGCAAAAUAUAACUUUAAUUUAUAAUCUAAAAUUAUUUCGAAAUGAACAAAUUAAAAUCAUCUCAAAAGGAUAAAGUGAAAAAAUUUAUGACAUUCACACAAACAUCUGAAAGUGUUGCAAUUUUCUGUUUAGCCAAAAAUGACUGGAAAUUAGAGCAAGCGUCUGAUAACUUUUUUCAAAAUCCACAAGAAUAUGAAACUGUAAAAAUCAACACCCAAUUAGGUUUUAUAGUUGAUAAAAGAAAGCUGGAGGCUAUGUAUGCUAAAUAUCGUGAUCCAGCUGAACCAAACAAAAUUAAUGUUGAAGGUGUUAUGCGUUUGCUAGAUGAACUCAAAUUACCUCCAGACUCAAUAUUAGUGCUCAUAAUUGCUUGGAAAUGUCAAGCAGCAGCUCAAUGUGAAUUCACUAAACAAGAAUUUUUAAGUGGAAUGAGUAAAAUGGGGUCUGAUUCAAUAGACAAAUUAAAAAUUAGAUUACCAAUUUUAGAGAGAGAACUUUCAGAUCCAUCAAAAUUCAAAGAUUUUUACUAUUUUACAUUCAAUUAUGCUAAGAAUAUAGGUCAAAAAGGUCUAGACCUUGAUAUGGCUAUUACUUACUGGAACAUUAUUUUUGUGGGCCGAUUCAGGUUCCUUGAUCUAUGGUGCCAGUUUCUUAGAGAACACCAUAAUAAAUCAAUACCUAGAGAUACGUGGAAUCUUUUAUUAGAAUUUGCUUGUGUCAUUGAUGAAGAAAUGACAGAUUAUGACCAAGAAGGAGCAUGGCCAGUUCUAAUAGAUGAAUUUGUAGAAUGGGCUAGACCUAUAGUCUGUCGUAAUAAAUCAACCCAUAUUAUAAGUGAGACCCGAUUAUUGUAAAAAUUAAUGAACACCAUCAUAUACAUAUGUUUAUAAAUUAUAAUAUUGAAAAUGUUGAUUCUCUGUUUUAAAUUUGUUCGAGGGAGAAUAAUGUAUGACUGCUCUGCUAAAAUAUAUACCAUGGGAAUAUUUUUAAAACAUGUUAUUUAAUUUUUAUAGCCUAAAUUAUAUUAACAUUGUAUUCUUUAUCUCUUACAAAAUUUGGAAUUUAAUAAUUAAUUAUGUUAUUAAAGCUUUAAUGAACGAAGUAUUUAGGUCUCAUUGUUUUUUAAUAUAGAUUUUAACAUUAUAGAUUGUUUGUAUAAGUUUAAAUAAUGUACAUUUUUGGUUCUGGCUUUCAACAAUUAUAACUUACUUGUAAAUUAUCUUAUUAAUAUAAUAUAGUUUGAAUAAAUAGAAUAUCUACCUCUUUGAACACAUUUAUUUGAAAUGAAUUAAAUUAAUAAUAUCAAUAAAAAAUAUUAAACAUUUUUAAUGAAAAUCAAUUAAAAAACAUAUUGUUAAAAGCCAUAUAUUUUUACUAAUGUCAUUAUUUCAAUAAACAUUAAUUAAAUAUGUAGUGUAUACCCUGUCUCAAAAGAGAAUAAUCAGUCAGUCGACCGAUUGUUGUUCAUUUCUGCGCAUUUCCCAUCAACGACCUGUACUAUCGGGCAGUCCCCAAAUUAAAUAUAAUAAUAUGUAUUGCUAAUUAGGAAUAUUAGUCAUAAAUGUCUGUACGUUGUCUUAAAAAAAUAUCGGUUACUAAGAGGGGGGGAAUUUGGGCUCACCACUGCCAGAGCAAUAAGUCGGUAUGCACGAAAAAUAAUUAUUUUCUUUUGAUACAGGAUAUAUGUACAAAGAAUUAAUAAAAUGCAAUAUAUAUAUUUGCUAUAAAAUAAUUAUUAUGUUCAAAAUUGUCAUAACUUAUUAAGAUUACUAUUGCUAUUAUUGUACAUUUUAUUAUUUUAUAUAGUAUAUAAAUUCCAUUGCAGAAUACACACAAGAAAUCAACAUAAUA